AUGGUGGUGACCGCCACCGCUGCCACCACCACCACCACUGUGAUGAUGGUGGCCGCCUCCGUGAUGAUGGUGGUGACCGCCACCACCGGCAUCAAGGUUGUCCUUGUUUUUCCUGCUGGAAGACUUUUUGCUAAUGCACGACCCCAUAUAAAUUGUACAAUGAAGAAAUUGGACGAAUCUUGUGAUCUAAAAGAUGAGAAGAUGGAACAAAGACAUGGUGAUAUAUUGAUGUUCAAGGGUGAACUUGUGGAGGAGCACCUUAAGCUUCUCAUUAAGAAUUUUGGUGAUGUACUACAAUUUCAAAAGGCUUUGGGUUCUUCCCAAAAGGAAGAAAUUAAACUUGUUCAAGAAAAGCUCGAGUUUCUCAAGAAUUUCCUAUUCUUCGUAAGUAAGUUGAUAGUUGAGCAUGAGAAAUUGCAAGCUGUGGUGGAUCAUAUAGGAGUUGUGGCUGAUAUAGCAACAACUUAUGUGUCUUUCCCUUGUUUGGGCAACACAUCUGAUAAAGACAUGACUAAUGGUGUGUUAUUUGAUCUGAUAAUUCAGACCAUCAAGCCCAAUAAGCCAGAGGUCACAAAGGCCUAUGUUCUACCUUUGAAAGGUUUGGAUCUCAACGAGGUGCUUGAAUCUCAGGCAAGAACUUUUGUGAAGGAUCACUUUGAAACACUUCACAAAGAGCUCAGAUUCAUCCUGACUUUCCUUAUUUCUCCACCAGAGCAGCCAACAAUGGUGGGAAAAUUAGAUGAUGUCUCAGCAGUCAUCGAAGCUACAGUAAUAGAUGCAGACUCUAUCGUCCAUCGCUUUCAGAAAAAAGAAAUGAAUGAAAACUCUGCCAAAGAAUCGGAACUUGCAGUCAUUGGUUUGUUAAAAAAGGUAGAAUCCAUAAAGCCAAAGUCUGGAGAGAUUUAUCUCAACCUGCCAACAAAAUCAAUAUUCCCAGAGAUUGGUGUGUUGGGGUUCAUAAAUUCUUUGUUUGAGAAUGUGCAACAGCUUUUGGACUCAAAAAUUGAUUCAAUUGCUCUUGUGAAACAUCAAUUGGAGACUCUGUUGCAGGAGCUUGAGUUCUUCAAAUCAUUUCUCAAGGAUGCUGCGUAUCUACAUGAGGAUGAUGAGAUGAACACUAUGUUUGUUAAGACACAAAUCUUUGAUAAGAAGACGAGUGCUUUGAGAGACCAUGAGUCUCCAAGUGUUUUUGCUUCAGAAGAGAACUCUUCAUUAUUUGAUGAAGAGUUAGUUGGUUUCGAGGAUGAGGCACAAACCAUAGUUGCAAAGCUAAUUAAGGGACCAGCGGAGCUUGACAUCAUUUCAAUUGUUGGUAUGCCUGCUCUGGAAAAACAACGUUUGCCAAGAAAGUGUUCAAUGAUGAAAGUGUUUCUCAGCACUUCCAGGAGAAUGGAUGAGGAGCAACAACUAGCUCAUGAGCUGAAAAAAAGAUUACAGAGGAGGAGGUACCUCAUUGUUACAGACGACAUGUGGAAGACUGAUGUGUGGGAUGAUUUUAAGAUGUGUUUUCCAGAUAACAACAACGGAAGCAGAAUUAUCAUGACAACCCGCUUUAACGAAGUUGCUCUGUAUGCUAAACAAUGCAAUAAAUGUCAAGGACUGCCUCUCUUUAUCAUUUUGGUAGCAGGAAUUCUUGGCAAUAUGGAGGUUAAACCAAACUGUAGGAUAGAGGAUAAAGCAAACAGCUGGAAACGUGUGACGGACAGUUUAAGUUCUAAGUUGGUUAGUGAUAGAGAGCACAACUGGAUGGACUUACUAGAACUGAGUUACAAGCAUUUGCCUCAUCACUUGAAAUCUUGCUUCUUGUAUUUUGGAGCAUUUUUGGAGGAUCAAGAGAUUCCAGUCUCAAAAUUGAUUAUGUUGUGGAUUUCUGAGGGGUUUGUACAAAAAGCUGAGUCAAAGAAACAAGAGGAUAUUGCAGAAGAAUACUUGAUGAAUCUGAUAAGUAGGAAUCUAGUAAUGGUUGCCAAAAGAAGAUCCAUAGGUGGGGUGAAAUCAUGUCGUGUUCAUGAUUUGUUACACAAGUUUUGCUUGGAAAAGGCAGAGGAAGAAAGCCUGUUGCACGUGACAACAAGUUUGAAGAACAAGUUCCUCCCUUUUCCUAUAGUUAUAAUUACGGUUUUGAUACUCAUGAUUUUGGUCCUCCAAAGACUCCAAUAUUACAUGAGCAACGCAGGCUGCAACCAGUUUCCGGUUCUAGACUUCCUUAAUCAGCUUGAAUCUCUCAAAGUGUUAUACGAUGGCACAAUUCUGAGUCCUUGUAAGUUUAGCUUCCCUUCAAAUCUUAAGAAACUGACACUAUCCAAAUUUCGCCUCCCAUGGAGUGAAAUUUGUGCAUUGGAAAAUCUUGAGGUUCUUAAGUUAGCAUUCAAAGCUUUUGAGGGGGAUCAAUGGGAUGUGAAUGAUGGGUAG